AUGGCUGCCAUCUCGCCCGUUGUCGUUGUCCUCGCUGUUGGCGUGUUGACACUAUUAUAUUUUGGCAUCAAAAGAACCCAAAAAAGCACGAAGGAUAGUGGAGAUGGCCAGAAACCACUUCUGAAACUCCCCCUCAUCGGCGAUCUCCAUAGCUCCCCUAUCGAGAAGCCACUGGCGAACUGGGAUGCAUGGGCCAAACAGAACGGUCCCAUCGCCGUGCCCAAGCUGUUCGGGAUCAUUCCUAUUGUCGUUUUGAACUCGUAUGAGGCCGUGACUGAGCUUUUCAGUCGCCGCAGUCAAUGGUACAGUAACCGCCCUGCGUCUGUGAGCAUGGAGAUGAUCACAGGCGCUGAUCCGGGGAAGUCCCGAUUCACUCUGAUGCAUGACUAUGAUGAUCACCUUAAACUGCAUCAUCGCAUUCUGUCUCCUAGUCUUGGUGCUCCAGCGGCUCCGAAAUACCAGCCCUUGAUGGAGUUGGAAGCCAAGCAGUUGUUGUUCGACCUUUCCAAUGCGGUGCGGAAGACUCCUGUGAUCAGCACCGAUACCAUCUAUCCGCUCCUAGAACGCACCCAAUCUAGCGUCAUCCUGGCACUUCAUUAUGGAAUGCGCAUCCCGCAGUUUGAGGAACCCAUUCUGCACGAAGUCAUCGACGCUCAAACGCAAGUGACCCAUCUCGCCGCCAACCCGGGCCUGCCGGAUAUCAUCCCACCCCUGCGCCAUCUUCCGGCCUUCCUGUCGCCUUGGAAGCGCAGUGCUGACAAGCUCUUCGCUGCUCAAGUCGACCUUUACAUGCGUCUGUUCCGCCAUGGCAAGGACUCUGCGGGCUGGAACGCCACGAAGCAGGCGAUCGCAACGGCCGAGAAACAUGCCCCAGCCGAUUCUCCGGUCUCUGAUCUCGACCUCGCUUUUACUCUCGCAACGUCGAUUCAGGGAGGAAUGGAGACGUCUCCGCGUCAGCUUCUAUGGCUGUUCGUCGCGGCGCUGCAUCAGCCGGAUUUCAUGGCACGGGCACAUGCUGUUCUCGACGAAGUCGUUGGAAGGGGUCGCCUCCCUCGCUUCUCGGAUCGCUCGCAACUCACGUAUAUCGAUGCUGUCGCUCACGAACUCUUCCGCUGGCGACCGAUCUCGCCAGGAUCGAUUCCUCGAAGGGCCGAACAGGCCGACGAAUUUAACGGAGUCAAGAUCGGCAAGGGCGUCACCGUCAUGGCCAACGCGUGGGCCAUCGGUCGCGACGAGAAAGUCUUCGACCAGUCACUCGGUGAUCUCCAAGACUUCAGGCCCGAAAGAUGGUUGCGACAGGGUGCUAGUGAUGGAGAAUCCAAGCUGCGAACGGAUCUCCCGCUGCCGGUCUUCGGACAAGGCCGACGAAUCUGCCAGGGCAAGAGGGUCGCCACGGAUGGUACCUUCAUGCAGGUUGCCAGUUUGCUGUGGGCGUUUGAUGUCGAGUUGAUGGAUGGAGGAGCGGUGGAUCCGUGGGAGAUGGUGGUGGUUGGGUUCAUGACUAUGCCCAAGGAGUUGAGGUUUCGGCUGAAGCCUCGAGGGGAGUGGGUGUUGGAUGUCAUUCGCAGGGAGUGGGAGGCUGCCGACAAGCGCCUGGAUGAGGUGAUGGGCACCUCUCAGGAUGUCGAAUAG